AGUUCACUCUGGUUGAUGCAUAGUUUCUGUCAGUUCGGACAUAUAUUCUAUACAGAACUAUUACAAUUUUGACCGUUCCCUAAGAAUGACUGUGACCUAUACGGCCAACGUAAACACCUCAAAGGUGAUAAGCAACUUUCUGAAAUUGCUUUUCAGGUGGCGCGGGAGUAUUUACAAGCUGGUUUGGAUAGAUCUGAUUAUCUUCUUUGGACUGUAUUGCCUAGUGGCCCUCUCCUAUCGAACGCUGAUGACUGAAAAUGGCCAAAAGGUCUUCGAGGGCAUUGUAUACUAUUGCAGUACGCAUGGCAACCUCCUGCCGCUGUCUUUUGUGCUCGGCUUCUAUGUCUCCAUUGUGAUGGGCCGCUGGUGGCAGCAGUAUACGACCAUUCCCUGGCCGGACUCCAUAGCCAUCUUGGUCAGCUCCAGCAUCCAGGGGUUCGACGAUCGGGCUCGGGCCAUGCGUCGCACCGUACUGCGAUACGUGUGUCUGUGCCAGGUGAUUGUCUUCACGAUGAUAUCGCCGAAUGUCAAGAAGAGAUUUCCCACCUACAGUCAGAUCAUCGAGUCUGGGCUGUUGUUGGAGAACGAAAAGGCCAUCAUCGAGAACUUGGAUGUCGCCUUUCCCCAUUAUCCCAAGCACUGGAUGCCCAUUGUCUGGGCCGCUAGCAUAGUGAUGAGAGCCAGAAAGGAGAACAAGAUACGAGAUGAUUAUGCAGUCAAAACAAUCAUUGACGAACUGAACAAGUUCCGCGGCUACUGUGGAUUCCUUUUGUACUACGAUUGGGUCAGUGUUCCGCUGGUGUACACCCAAGUGGUUACCCUGGCCACCUAUACCUUCUUCCUGUUUAGCGUGAUCGGCCAGCAGUGGACACAGAUCAGUGAUACUGGCGGCGAGCCCAAUCGAGUCGUGCAAUGGUUUCCCUUUCUGACCAUUCUGCAGUUCUUCUUCUACAUGGGCUGGCUGAAGGUGGCUGAGUCGCUGAUCAACCCCUUUGGCGAGGACGACGAUGACUUUGAGCUCAAUUGGAUGAUUGAUCGUAAUUUGACAGUCUCCUAUCUGAUAGUCGAUGAGAUGCAUCAGGAGCAUCCGGAACUGGUCAAGGAUCAGUAUUGGGACGAAGUCUUCCCCAACGAGCUUCCCUAUGCCGAGGAUGCGAAGCGGACGGGCCCUCCCGAGGCCUCUACAGCCAAACUGGACUACAACAAAGCAAACAACUCGGAUCAAAAGCGAUUCUAUAUAUCCCGAGACUCGACUUCAACCAACAGGAGUGGGCGCGACAACUUUCUCAAUCAUAUGUUGGACAGGCAGUCCACCAGCGCUAGCUUCGCGGACUACCAGCAUCAGACCACUAAGGAGAACAACUCGCGACUGACCUUCCAUGAGCCCCUGGUCGACUCGGAGGAGGACAAACCGCGGCUGCGUAGACCUUCCAGAUCUGAAUCCGCUAGUCUGAAUUUUGAUGAGCUCAUCGAGCAGCGCCAUCAGGAGCGCAGGGAACGUAUGCGUCAUCGCUUCCUCAAUAUGCGGAGCACUCACACCCGUUCAGCGCCAUCGGGAGGCUAUACGGUGACCGUGCUGCGUCCUCCCUCUGAAGAAGCAUUGGGCGAAGAAGAGGAUGCUUAGGCAGGAUACUCCCGAUAAAGAAGCCCCUUGAAUGGAGAGGCGCUGGCAAGAAAUCGACAAUUUGGUUUCUUGCUCCAUACACAAUUCUUUGCACAAAGUUAAUCACAGUUUUGGGAAGGCCCAUUUCGAAUUUACUUUGUAUUUUAUUAUUUUUCUUGUGGCUGUCUACCCUUUGAGGCUCCCGCUCAGUGCUUUCAAUUGAAUUCAUUGACAACGAUUGCUUCUGAUGCGGUAAGACAAUGCACACAGUAUUUUCUGAAUCAUGUUUAUACCUCGCUUCCCAUGUACUCGUGUCCGCUGUCAGACCAUGCCACAGGAGCAGCAGCAUCGAAAAAUUAAUAUAAUUCCCCCGUAUUACAUUCAUUGUCAUAACCAAACAUGGAAAAUCUGCCGCGAUGCGUGUUGUUAAACUGUUGUUAAAAAUGUUAAAACUUAAAAGGGCUUUCUGCCCGCCGAAAGCCAUGACAAAAAUUAAAUGAAAUUACAUUAAUUUC